CGGGCGGCCCGACCAGGCUCGUCUGUUGCACUUCGCGCUAACCAAAGCAAAGCAAGUUAGCGAGUGACAACCGUCUGCCUACCUAUCGUGCUCCUGAGUGCAGACCCCGUAACAGACUAUUGUGGUACUGACAACACUGUGAUGAUAACAGUAUUAAUGAUAACGCCGUGACUGUUGAGACAAGGCACCCCACAUUUUUGGGGUGCAGGAAAUCAGAUAAGUAGCUCCACUAUUACCCGCCUAGUAACUAGAAACAGCGAUACGUGUCGAUAAAUCGGGCAGUGAAUUAAAUAGCGACAAGCGGAUACAAUUGAAAACAUCUGUCGUUUUUUUUUGUGGGGUAUUUUGAGAAGUCGUGAAUUUAAGUGAUUGUGGUUGCUAUGCUAUAGUGACUGAGUCUCAUGCUAGCCUCCGAGCUUUGUGUGCGAACCCCUGCGUUGUUUGGGUGUAUUUUACGGGUGUAUGGUAUGAUAAAAAAUUAAGUAUAUCGUGUGGAGUGUUAGUAUCCGUAUAGUAAAAGAAAAAAAAAAAACUAUUAUAGUGCAUGGAACAGUAUCGAUCAAGCGUACAUAAAUGACGACUUAGAACGCGUGGUGCGCCCCCUAUAUGUAAAGAUAUCCUAUAACGUCAUUAAGGUAUCUUUUUUGAAACAAUUCACUGAAUUUCCCGAAGACCAUAUGCAUAUGUAUCCGGAGGUUGUAACAAAUCACUAAAUGUGUAUUUACUCUGUUGACUGAAGGAGCAAUUUCGUAACGCUGCUAUCCGUUAAACGGAAUCGGGUUGUGAAAUCAAAUAGGUGUCACGGAAAGUGCUGAUGCAUAAGUGAAUAUUAGUAGUAAUCCAAGUUAUACGAAACUACUGGAUGCAUAGCUGACAGGGCAUCAGUUCUGUCAAAACAUUUGCAGAACAAGCUCUAGCUCAACGAUAAGCAUCGUACUGCAAUAGGAUCAACAAGUCUGAAAAGAGGAAGCAAAAAUCAAGCAGCUAUGCGCAGUGGAGCUACACCCCCUUCUCGUAGCAGCGGCAGUGGAGCUUCAGUGCGUCCCUACGGUCGUGGCGGGCUGGGACCCGACACCCAUGGAGGACACGGUUUAUAUGAACCUGUGCCCGGCUCACAAGCGCCUCAACAGGCCAAUGGCAAUGGACCAUCGUCGCAAGGUUGUGGAGGUGGUGCAGGAGCGAGUAACCGAAAAAUGAAGUCAGGUCGUAGGUCGCAGAAUUCCGUUGGCGCUUCCACGAUGGGAUCAGCCAGCGCGAACAGUAUGGUAGGCGUUGGAAGCGGUUCGUCAGUGCAUCACGGCACCGCGGACGGAACAACGAUGUCUUCAGCUCUAAAUAGCAAUAACGUAAGCAACGGCCAACAACACCCACACGGUGGAGCCCCUGAAUGCGCCGGCUGUCAAAAGCCCAUCCGAGAAAGAUAUCUUCUGCGUGCACUGGAGCAACUUUGGCAUGAAGACUGUUUAAAAUGCGCUUGCUGCGACUGCCGUCUGGGGGAAGUGGGCUCCACGCUCUACACGAAGGCCAAUCUAAUUCUCUGUAAGCGGGAUUACCUCAGGUUAUUCGGUGUGACGGGUUUGUGUUCCGCAUGUCACAAAACAAUACCAGCUUUCGAGAUGGUGAUGAAGGCCCGGGGCAACGUCUAUCACCUCGAAUGCUUCGCCUGCCAGCAAUGCAAUCACAGGUUCUGCGUCGGUGACCGCUUCUAUUUGCACGAAAAUCGGAUUCUUUGCGAGUAUGAUUACGAGGAACGAAUGGUCUUCUCACAAAUGGGAGCCUACGGCGGUUUGCAGGGCGGGCCACCGAUGCAGCCUGUAGGUCAUAUGCAAUCGCCAGGUCAUCCCGGACACCCAUCGGGGCACGCCGGAGCGCCGUACGGGCCACUUAUGAACGGUGGCCUCCAUCAAGGCGCGGUUCACCAAGGUUCACACCAUGGCCACAGCGGCGCGCCCCUGAUGCCACUGGCCCCUACGAAUCAGCCGGGCCUUGAACGCUCUUCGCUAGUGUCGCCGAUGCAGCAGAAUAAUACACACAAUGGCGCUAAUACGACAAACAGUGCUAAUUCACACAAAAGGCCACUGCAACAAUCUCCAAUGAACGGGAACGUUCAGCAACAGCAGCAACAAUCGCCAAUACAAGCGGGCACACCUGGCGCACCGAGUCAACCCGAGCCAGACAUCCUCUUCGAUGUAGGAGUUAGUCCCGCUGCUCCGAAUAGUGCACAGCCCCCAACUCAGAACAAUGGACCUAACGGCGGCUCUAAAUAGGACGAGGUGUGGGCAGCUGAUUUACUCGGCUGCUGAAAUGAGUCAGUGACACAGUCAGGCGUGGGACCUUCGCACCUCCAAGGCGCUAGCUUCACAGACAAGACGAGAGGAACUUUCAUCUCGACCUCUAGUACACUGAGCACCGAAGACAUUAUUGCUAUUUAUGGAAAAGCGAAACGAGUUGCUUGGUGACCGUCGAAUAAUAUACCGUAAUUUAUCCAGCGAAACAUGAAAAAGGACAUUUCGCUAUUAGAGUAUUCUGUGCCUGUGUAGGAGAAGCAGUGAAGCCCUUCUGACUAACGAAGAGAUAACGGUAUCGUUCACACAGUGUAUUGUACAACAAGUUUUGGCUAUCUCUAUAGAAUUUUGUUUGCACAGAUUACUAAAAAGUCAGCCGGAACUUGCUUGCAGCAAUUUGUAAUAGAUUCCGUGGUGCCUUUCUAAUUUCAAAAUUGGCGCUAUGAGAAAAUGUCUCAACGGGACAAACACCGGAUUGGACGGAAAAUAGCACGCAUGUUAGAACCAUCCAGCUGAGUAGAUAUGGUGACCAGAGGUACGAAAAGCUUUUCGUCGUGAUGGGCCAGUUGUAACGUGUGUGCUUACCAAGACUUACGAAACCGCGGUGGCCUUGGUUCGAAAGCGGGCGUCGAUACGUUCCGCUUGAUGCUGGACGCCAAUCGUUUCAAGCGUCGCUUAGCGACCGUAUCGAACGUAAGAACUCGAAAGGUUUAUUUCGGUGAAAACAGGCCAUAUCAAUGCCGAAACUCUGCCGCAUUUAAAUUGAGUUGAUAUCGCGAUGUAAUAUCGCUGAAACAGCAGCAACGACUAUAGUAUAUUCUCUCAUAGCUUGAAGCGUUUAAUCUGUAUGUAGCUGAUAAUUGUUAAUAUUAGCUAUUUUAGAAGACGAUGGAAGAUCUCCGGGAACAGGCAAACGCCCCAGUUCCGAACUAAUUACCAUUGGACGGUUAGCAUUUAUUAAUUAUAGUCGCCAUAAAGGCCGAUGGUACUCGUAUUACGAGCAUUUUUUUUUCAGAUAUAAUAGCGAAAAAGAUAACGACCGUUGCAAACCGACGUAAAGUGGGCUUAAUAGUAAACUGGAAAAAUUAGUCUGGAAUGUUCUGUUUCGGUCGGCGCGAUACCCCAACAUAACAAAUGUAAGCUGGAAGGACGGUCCGCGGCCGACAGACGGCCAACGGAAACUGUGAUGUGUCGUGUUAUGAAAUAGGGGUGGUAUAAUGAACAGCCUUUACUAUAUUAUGAACCACUAAUUUCUGUAAACAUUUAGAUCGUUCACAUUGAACUAUCCUACAUAAUGUAAAUAUAGCGUACUAAUUAUCGUAGGUGUUUCUGUCAAAUCGCUUAUACUGUCAUUUUUCGUGUUCGUAAAUUAGCUCUGACCGAUUGUAUAUAUAGAACGGUCAGCACAAGACGAGCUACGUUUUACGUCGAAACGACGAAAAACUAGAGACGCAAACGCGAGAAGGAGGCCUCUAGCAGGCGUGCUACUCGGGUCUGACUAACUAAUAUAAUUAGCUAAAUUAAUUUAUUAAUUAGUAACGGCAUAUAUUAUUUUGUUAUUUUGACUGUUCGAAUCGAUCUACAUAAUAUGAUCUAAGUACAGUAAUGUAAAAUCUAUACUGAGUGUCUUUCUCAAAUUUAAAUAAAUACAUUUCUCAAUAAGUUCU